AUGAAGCUGCAGUGGGGUCUGGUUGUGUGUCGGGCGCUCGGUGUCCGUAGCGGCGGCGGGGGCAAGAAGGACGCCGCCCACGACCGUGACGGUGCAGGCACGUUUGGCGAGAGCCACAAAGACGUGUGUGGUGCCGGCACAAGUCGGGCACGACCAGGGGAGAAUGGGACGCCCGGGGGCGACGGCGCUCCGGUUGUGCCGGCCGCGCCGGAGGACCCGGAGCCCGACGAAGGCAGGUCGGGCAUGGGCAACACGGAUGGUAAAUCUUUACUGCCCUCGACGCCGCAGGUCACGGAGUUGCUGUGGCUGCUCCGGAGGACCAGGAGUCCGACGAAGGCAGGUCGGGCACGGGUAACACGGACGGCCGAUCUUGGCCCCUCGACGUCGCAGGCGACGGAGAAGGGAACCGACUUACCUGCGAGGCAAAGCGGGAAGCCUGCGCGUGCAAGGGAGCUGCGCCAAGCGAACCUGUCCAUGUGGCAUGCUUUUUGCAGGAUGAAGAAGUUCGGGAGGAGAGGGCAGAGGCGCGCGAACUCCCAUCUACGCAGCGGUAGAGUCACCCAUGAUGCCAUGGAGAGGUCGCGAUGGGCACCCUCCACGGUGCGGGCACAAAAGUGCGGGGCCGCCCUUGUUGAUCGGAUAGCCAGUGCAAAUGAUGUCUGCAAAGGCAUCUUCGACAUUACCACACUGGGCCUCGAUCCGGCAGAACUGAACGAAACCACGUUCGCAGACCUCUACAACCUUCUCGCAGCGGCUCUGGACGUGCCCCGCGAAGCCCUCGAUGCCUUCCGCAGCCUCAUCGACGGGUGGCUGAGCUUCCAUGCAGAGUUGCACAAGGAGGAAAAGAAACAGGCAAAGGCACGCGAGGUGCGGGCAAAGGCCGCCGCAAAGAGGGCCAAAAAGGAGAGGGAGGAGGAGGCAGCAAAAGCUGCAACAGCCUUGAAGGCUCGGCGCAAGAAAAAAGAGAAGGAAAACGACAAGAAGAAGGAGACGAGGGCCGAGCUCAAAAAAACAAAGGAAGAGGGCGCGGCGGAGGCGAAGGCAAAGGCGCAGGCCAAGCUCCAGGAGAUCCGGAAUAAAGACAAGGACAGAAAGGCCAAGUACCGGAGCAAGCAAAAGAAGAAAGCGGCCGAGGCAAGGGCAAAGGAAGAGGCUCGGACCGCGCUUCGGAAGGACAUGGAGGCCUUGGCGAAGCGCCCCAUACUGGACGAGGAAGUCGACUUUGCCAUGGCUGCUCUGGCAGAGGCCGACCCGGACGAGCUCUCCAGCGACGAGGACACGGCGGACAUGGAGGACCUCUUUGGAAGCGCUGCCGUCACGCAGGAGGAGGAAGCUCAAGUGGCAGCGGCCAUGCGAGCCUCACGGAAGCCGCCGUCCGACGACAUCUGGGACCCCAAGCUACGGCUGCUUACAGCGGCCCACCGAGGCAAGGCCAGCGGCAUCGGAAGAGAAGCAGUUAUGCAGCGAUGCAAAGGCAUGGCCGAGGAUGCCUAUUGCUGUAACGGCGAGGGGCUCGAAGUGACUUCUAGAGGUGAUGGAGCGGCCACGAUGGCAGCCUGCUGCAUGUGGUCAGAAAAGAAGAGAGCGAUCGCCGUGCUGAUUUCUAGUGACGCCUUGUCAUCGCUGCUCCACACGUGCCUGUGCCAGAUUCGGCGCCGCUACGCCCUCUGGAUCCGCGCGCACCUCGGACCCAGUGUGGACAUGAUCGCAAUCCAUCGUCAGGCUCUACGGGAGGUCGCCGACCCGGCGCUGCGAGCGCUGUUUCGACAGCGGCUCCGGUACCACUUCCCUGCGCUUUUUCGACUUGUGGACAUGUAG